UUAGGAGAAGUUUUGGGACCAAAUAUGGAAUUUUCAUUUUUUCAAUACUCCCUUCAUUCUUUGCUUCCUUGCUCUCCCUGAAAUCAAAAGCUUCUUCUCCCGCCGUUCACCUGCCGGAACUCCGCCGGCAAUGGAAUUCUCGGACGAGUGGAAGUCUCUAUGGCCUAUAUCUUCAUCCUAUUCGCCACCACUUCUACUAUCAAAUUAUUCACAUGAAGAAAAAUCCUCCUCAAAACGACGCCGUAUUGAUAGUCCAAUUGGCCCUUUGAUUUUCAAGCCAUGUGCAGAAACCCUAAGACUACUCCUCCGGUCGCCAUUGUUAUCAACUCGGCUUCCUCCUCCAGUUCCUGAGUUUUGUCUACCAAGAUUUCUACAAACUUCAAGUAGUACACUUCCUUCUACAGCUUCUUCAAUUGCUACACAGUUUAUUACUCCACAGGUUUCUGAAUCAAUUCACAACUUUAAUGCAAUCCAAUUGCUCCCUUGCCCUAAUAUUGGUGAAACUAACAAACCUAAUUCGGUUCUUGGAUUUUUUCCAACUGGGGAAAAUUAUGACCAAGUUGGGUAUUUUAUACUAUGUUUUGAGGAUAAACAAGUUGUGGUUAAGAAAUUUAAGAAUGGGAAAUCUUUGUUAGUGCAUAAUCACAAGUUGAAUUGUAGGAUUUUGAGGUUAUUAGUAAACCCAGUUACUGUUAGUGAAAUUGAUGAUAGUGCUUGUUUAUCUACUUUUGGGUAUUUAUUGGUUUGUACUUUGUAUUCUGUUUAUUGGUAUAGUGUGAAGAUGGGGGUUAAAGGUGUUGGCAGUGUUACGGUAGAUUAUGUGGGUAGUGCUGAUAGAAACUUGUUUAAGGGUUGUGCUGUUUCUCAUGCUUGUUGGAGUCCACAUUUGAGAGAAGAGUGUGUUGUGUUGUUGGAAAAUGGGAACUUGUACUUGUUUGAUAUGGGUUCUUGCGUGAGGAGUCGGACUUUGUUUGCUUGUGAUGUAUUGCAAGGGAAGAAAUUGCAGGUUUUGUGGGACAAGUUGGAUAGAGAUGGAGAGUGGCUAAGCUGUGAAUUUAGCUGGCAUCCGAAGAUUUUGAUUGUUGCCAAUUCAAGGGCUGUGUUUUUGGUGGAUUUGAGGUCGGAGAAGUGCAAAGUCUGCACCUUGCUAAAGAUUGAGGCAGUGUCGUUGGGUAGAAGUGAUAGAUUUCUUGCACUCUCUAGAGUGGAGUCUGAUCCCUUUUGUUUUGCUGUAGUUUCUGGUCGCAUGCUUCUUCUUUGUGAUGUGAGGAAGCCAUUAAUGCCAUUGUUGCGAUGGGUACAUGGCCUGAAUAAUCCAGGUUACAUGAUUGUUUUAAGAUUGUCAGACCUUAGGCCAAGCUCAAUAGAUGAUAAAUGGGCAUGGGCGACCGAAUCAGGGCGUUGCAUUUUGGUAGGAUCAUUUUGGGACAGUGAAUUUGCUCUAUUCUGCUAUGGGCCAGGUAGAAAUCACGGCCGUGAGUUUCCUGAAAUGUCGAGGCUCAGUAAAUCGGUAUAUGCUUGGAGCAAACCUUCAAGCCUCUCACUUUCUGGUCGUGAUUGUUGUUGUGAAAGUUGUCUUAUGAGAGCAGAUUUCUCUAAAGACAUUCUUCCUGAUUGGAUUAAUUGGAGGCAAACGGAAGUCCUUGUUUUGGGGUUUGGUAUUCUCAAUAAUGGCCUUCCUAUCCAAUUAGUUGAUACUGAUAAUUCUGUUGGGUUUUUGCUUGUAAGAUUAAUGUCAUGUGGCAGUUUAGAAGCUCAGAGAUACACUGCAGCAUGGGACUCUGAAGAAAGGUCAGAAUCACCUUAUGGAGGGAAAUCUCUGUGCUCUGAAAAUAACCUUCUGUAUGAUAUGAGUAUCGGAGAGUUGGAAUUGAAAAAGAAAUCUUACUACCUGAACCUUGACUUUCUAAAAGGGUAUCUAAAUGGAAAACUAACUAAAAUCCUUAGUAGGAAACACAUAGACAACCAAAAGGAAUCCGAAGAAAAUCCAGCAGAGGUCCACCUGCAAAUAUGUCAGAAGCUUAAAGAAUGUGGCAUCACAAGACUGAGGCCAUCUCAAACCGUUUUUGAUGUUAUCAGAGGUAUCAGCUUUCCCGCAAGCAUUUAUGAGAUUUCUAUAGAAAGCAUUUGCGCCAGUUUGCCGAAUACUCUUCUAGGGCUGGCUUUUUCUGCCUUCUCAAGAUUCCCUGAAGUUCACCUGAAACCAAAGAAAGGUUCUCUAGAAUUGUUUGAUAUUUUGGACAAACUAUAUCCACUGCCUUUUCCCUUGCAUAAAUGUUGUAUUGAUGAGACAUCAGAAAAAGUUCAGUCUCCUAGUUCUUCUUCUGCUCCAAUUCUUCCUCCUCCUUUUCUGGUGGCUCUUUAUAGCCUUCAAAUAGCAGAAAGAGAUAUAUUGCCACUUGAUGCUGAAUUUAGGCUUCAGAGUGAUAAAGUUAUGAAGGUGGCCCAUGAAAUCGGUCUGUCACACACUGGUACUGAGCCUGGUGAUGGCUGUUCAGUUUCCGUUGAUGCAGAUACUGAAUGCCCUAGCAGUGUGAUUGAAAAAAUGAAGCCUCUCUGUUUGCAUGAACCUGUGGCAUUCUCUGACUGUAAUAUCUCUAAAAUGGACUCUGUCGGAGUAGAACCUGAUAAAAGAUUUACAUCCUUCAUCCAUAAAAACCACCAAGAACCUGUCUCAAGUGCUAGCAAAGAGCUGACAGGAAUGGAGUUGUUCGAUGAGGGGUGCCCAGUAGAGCUCAAAUUCAAUGAUAGUUUCAUCGUACUGCAGGCAAAUGAGCUGGAAACGUUUAAGUUGUUGAAACAAAAGGACUUAGGUUUCCAGAAAAGCUUUCAGUUGUAUCAAGAGUAUUUAAGUGGUUGAAAGGGGAUUGUUUCAGUGAAGCACAGUUAGGGGUAUCCAACACUCUCCAACAAAUGGUACUUUCAAGGAGGGACCAUGUGUACCAGAUUGAGAUGGCAGGUUGAACAUCAAAGAGUUUGACAAUGAAUUUUAUGGAUUCCGUGACGGCAAAGAGUAGCUCAUUGAGCCCUGAAGUUGUUACCCAGAUACCACAUGUUGCGAUUCACUGGAUGUUCCUGAUUGGAGUUAACUCUUUGCCCUUUUUGUUUGUCAGCAAGAUAUUAAAGUUCGUAUAAGCUACUUCUGAGAACUACAAUAAGCAUGUGAAUAAUGAUUUUUAAGUUUCCUAAACAUUUAUCUUCAUUUUUCCUUUCUGAUCUUCUUUACCUGUUGUAAGCAGUACAUGUGGUAAAAUAGUAAACAUUUUGCUCGUGGUUGGAUAGAUUCUGUAACUCAGUAUGACAACUCUGAGAUAUUCAGAAGGGGGAAAAACCAGGAUGCAACUAUCGCGGAUCAUUGGACAAAGCAAGGCUAGACUUUCAGUUUUAGGCAUAACAUAAACGACUGGGAGUUCAACAGUGUUUACAGCCUAAAUCUAUCUCUCUUACUUGGUAAAGUGAUGCAAAGGGGAGAUGUAAGGUGAGAGGUUGUUUUCAACACUUAAGAAGAGAAUCUGGCAGCAUUCCAAACUGGCCUUGGAGCGGCAUUUGGAGAAACAAGGCACCUUUGAAGGUGGACUGGUUUACCUGGCUAGUGGCACAGAAAGCAUGCCUAACCCAAGAGAACUUCAGAAAAGAGGGAUCAAUUUUUGCAGCAGGUGCCGUUUGUUUGAAAGGCAAAGCGAGGUUGUUAAUUACAUCUUCAUUCAUUGCGCUUCCACCAUGAAGAUUUGGCAUUUCAUUCUUAAUACUGUAGGGGUUAGCUGGGGAAUGCCAGAGACAACUACAGAAUUACUGCAAUGCUGGUAUUUGAAAGGGCCGGAAAAGCACAAGCUGAAAACAUGGAAUUCACUUCCUCCUACAAUCUGGUGGAUCAUAUGGAAAGAAAGGAACACAAUAACUUUUGAGUAUUUAAUUAGGCAUUAAAUACAGAUUGCAUUUCUUUACUCUCUUUUUUUUCUUUUUUUCUUUUUGGUGUAACAUGGCAAUGGCAAAUGACAUAGAUGCUAGCCCAA